UGCAAGCGGUGUUUUGAUCUUGAUCUCGAAUUUGAAUUUAGUUUUUUUCGUUUUUCUCCUCCAGAGAGUGGGCUGCUUCCAUCGUCCCUUGCCUGCAAGUUGAAACCCUUUCUGCCUAGCUCUGAAGCAUCAGCCGUUGCAUUCGAUUUACGAGUGAUGAACUCGGCCUUUCCCCUUGUUUGUAUUAUCUCAUCUGGCUUUUUUGCGUCCUUGAAUGAAUAACUUUCUCUCGAUUUAACCCAAACAAUCCUUUGGUUCCGAGAUCCUGCGUUGUGUGAACCAGCCGGUGUUUCUGACCAUGCUGCUGAGCUUCCAUCUUCUUGCCGUAGCCUCUUUGCUGGGUUCCAUAUAUGCAGACGAUAUCAUCACCCUCACAGGGACAAACAUACCCUCUUCGCUAUCCGUUGGUGAUCCCAUUCCUUCCGACACCUCAGGUCUCUACAAAAGCUACUCAUCGGUGGUUACUGUCAGUGCGACGGAUAAACAGCUAGAGUCUGCCCGGACCGGCACUGAGACAGUUACCGGCUCAGAGAGCGCUGCAACUUCUGACGGGGGGACUCUCCUCAUCGGUAGCAAGCGAGUGAGCACCACAAAUGGAACCACACUGUCUGGGAAUGCUACAGCCACUUCGACCGAAUCGGCUGCCGUCCCCACAAACACCCGUCCGUGUAACGGUUAUCCAGAGUUCUGUGAAAGGAAGUAUUCCAACAUCACACAUAUUGCGGCCCACAACAGCCCUUUCGUACGGCGGGGAAAUAUCGCCGGAAACCAGGAACUUGAUGUGACCAUCCAACUCAAUGAUGGAAUUCGUAUGCUACAAUUCCAGACUCACUAUAUCAACGGUACCAUUCGCCUGUGUCAUUCCUCUUGUGAUUUACUCGAUGUCGGCCCGUUGGAGGAUUAUUUGCGGAAAGUAGCCGACUGGCUCAGAGCCAAUCCGUACGACGUUGUCUCGAUUUUGAUGGGCAACUCAAACUUCAUCCUUCCGACCAACUACACCAAACCCAUAGAGAAUUCCGGUCUAAUCGACUAUGUCUACACCCCUUCAAAGAUACCGAUGGCCCUCGAUGACUGGCCACUUCUCUCCCACUUCAUCUUGACUGGCCAGAGAGCAAUUGUAUAUCUCGACUACAAAGCUAACCAGACCGAAGUACCAUACCUCCUGGAUGAGUUUUCACAAAUGUGGGAGACCCCUUUCUCCCCGACAAAUAGAGACUUUCCUUGCGUUGUCCAUAGACCACCAGGCCUAAGUGCAGAAGAUGCAAAGAAGCGCCUAUACAUGGCCAACCAUAACCUCAAUACCGAGGUUUCUCUAGCAGGUGCCAGCCUACUCGUCCCGAAUACAGUUCUACUGAAUGAGACAAAUGCCGUUUCUGGAUACGGAAGUGCCGGCGCCAUGGCUGGGAAUUGCACAGAACAAUGGACUCGGCCACCAAAUUUUAUCUUGGUCGAUUAUUACAACAUCGGCAAUUUCAAUGGAUCUGUAUUCGAGGUUGCAGCGAACUGUAAUAACGUCACAUACAACAGAAAGUGUUGUGGCCGACAAACUUCCGCCGCGUCCAAAGGCCUGUCUUCCGGUGCGAAGCAAAGCUUUUUUGUUGGGCUUCUGGCCACUAUUACAACAAGUUUUCUGUUUACUUUGCCGUGAUGGCGGUUAUACUCUUUGCUGAUGGGCGUUUGCGGCUUCGAUUAUCUGCGUAUGGCGCUUUGGGAAAAGGUAUAUAUGGGCUGGUAUAGGUCUGGGAACUUCAAAAG